AUGCAAACUGAUCUAAAAAAGGCCAUGGAAAAAGCCCUCAGUCGACAGGAAAAAGGGAUAACAACAGCUCAAAAAGUAGCGUAUUGGCUUGCGAAAGAAAAUGUGGCUACACGAAAAUUCAGUUCAUUGAUGAAUCUGCUAUGUCAGACACGUUGCCCACACGUUGACAAACUUAGCUGUGGCGAAAAUGCUAACUACAUAUCAGACCAAGCAGCAGAAGAGUUCCAGGAAGCAUGUGCUAAAGUCAUUACAAACGAAAUAGAGAAAGAGAUUCAGCAAAGUAGGUUUUUAAGUGUACUUGUUGAUGAAAGUACAGACAUUUCAGUUACUCUUCCUAAACUCGCUUUCUUAAAAAUCUGUCAGAUGGAAAGGCUGCAACAAUACUGGAUACCCUGA